UAGUUAAAGCAUAUUUUGAUUGAUUGAUUGAUGGUACUUACUAAGCGGCACAUGAAUAAAAUUCCUAAUUAUCGACAUACCAAAUUUCAGGACUGUCCCAGAGAUUUCGAGGUUGAUCCUAUUCCGAUUGUGCUACCAUUCAUUUCAAAUAAUAUAUGCCCUCUGACCGCUCUGUUUUGAGAUAUUACCCAAACAUUAUCGCUAGUGGAUGUUGUGAUUGUAGCCGCUGAAACCUGCGCGCGCGCAGCUAUAGUUACAUAAGAGCGCGACGCGCGCGCACGCGACUUAAGUAUAGCUUUAUUGAUCAUUUAAUGUAACCAGUGCUGAGUGCUCCUGAAACAAUGUUAAUUGGAGCAGCAUGUCUUUUGCUGCUGCUCGGCGACGUCCGCGCCGACAACUGGCACUGGCCCGACAACGCACGCGCAGCUUCCGUACGCAUCGACACCAAAGUGCGCUUCGUUGACGACGAGAGGCGGCCGAAUAAAGUACAAGCGGACGAGAUCAAACCCCCAGUGGAGACCGAUGGCUUCUACAAUCGUCCGGCAGCCGGGGCCGCGUCCGGUCGCUACGCCGUCCAAUACGAGCCGCACUCACAACGACUUACAGCCCAUGACCUAGAGAUGAUGAAGCUCAUCAGGCCCCAUCAGUACUCGGACGGCACUCUGGACUCGCUGCAGUACUGCAAGUGCGUCACUUCCUUGACGGCCUCCUGCCACUCGCGCGGCAACUCUGAGAAAGCGUGUCCUUCCGGGCAAAACCUCUGCUGCUACAAAAGGCCGAAUAGAAAUCCACAUAACACCGACUCAGGGAUUUUUAGUGAGUUGGAAGAUGAACGUCCCAUGCUGCUGCCGAGUCACGAGAGCAGACCAGGCCCCUUCGGGGGUCCUGACGAGGACAUCAUGGGAGCCCUGAAGCCAGCCAUCAACGGGUAUCAGAACGGCGGAGAAUACCGCGGCCUACUGUUCGGGCCUGGAGGACCCACCGGAAUUAUAGGACCGGGGCGCCGCGAAAAUAGAGUCCUAGUCGGACCAUCUGGCCCUACUGGGCACAUAGGACCCGGAUCGAAUAAACAAGUCUUAGUCGGGCCCGAAGGACCCACCGGCAUUAUAGGUCCUAAUCGCGGUGGAAGAUAUCAAGAUAGAAAUAAUCUACGCAACCCUGGAGUUUUAGUUGGACCUGAGGGCCCUACAGGUGUUAUUGGCCCAAAUCGCGAUAAUAGAUACCACCAGAACCAAAAUCCUGGCGUUUUAGUUGGGCCUGAUGGACCUUCCGGUGUGAUUGGUCCAAAUUAUGGCGACAAUAGGAUUACUCUUGGCCCCAACCAGCACAAUCCUGGAGUUUUAGUCGGUCCGGGUGGACCGACCGGUGUCAUCGGUCCCAACGACCACGAGAACAGUGUUUUAGCUGGGAAUAAACGUUACCCUGGAGUUCUAGUCGGCCCCGAUGGACCCACAGGCGUGGUUGGCCCAGGACAUCGAGAUGACAGAGAUUUCACCGCCCCAGGUUUUAAUCAGCACCCCGGUGUACUGGUCGGCCCGGAAGGCCCCACGGGCCACAUAGGCGUUCCUCAAGUACUCGUCGGUCCGGGCGGACCUACAGGCGGCAUCGGGCCGAAUCACAAGCAAGGUGCGUCUCAUGGUUCCGAAAGCGCGCAAGUUUUAGUAGGUCCGGGCGGCCCUACGGGCAUCAUAGGACCGGGUGGCAGGCGGGGGCGUUGGCAGUCGGGGCCCGGGAUUCUCAUAGGUCCUGGGGGCCCUACAGGUAUUAUAGGCCCCGGGCAGCGGCUGCUCGUCGGCCCCGGAGGGCCUACUGGCGUCAUAGGUCCUCGUGGAGGCCGCGGCUACGGUGGGUACGGCUUCUAUUAGUGUCUGUGAUAAGUUAAGUGACUAAUAACACUAAUUCAUGUGCGCGAGUGUUGUAUAAUUAAUAUUAGGUGUAGCUAACGAGCCAUAACGCUAGUGACGACGGACGCUUGCCAUACGCUUGUUAAAGGCUUAGUUGGAGAUUUAAAUUAAGGAAUUCAUUCUUGCAGGGUGUCCGAAAAGGAAGGUUAAUCGACAGAGAAAGAAACAGAAGUGGGUAUAUGAUGAAUAAACAGAUUUGAAAUUCA